UCGGGAUCGUAUUUGCGAUUGAAAAAAACCGCGUGAGUUACAACUGAUAAGGUGUUCUUCAUCCACAUGGGUGAAUGAGGGGUUUAGGGUAUCCUUAUUCUUGAGUAGAAUUCUUGAAGCUUCGAUCGCAUCUCUGGGCAAUAGGGCUUUAUCGCAUUUUCCAACCCUUCGCCCCCUCUCGAUGACAGGCUUCAUCACAAAUAGUUCCAUGAGAAAAAUCUCUACCCUCAGCGAAACCGCCUCCACUCCCAAUAUACGACAGGCCGGGAUUAUGCGAUUCCUCCAGCGCUCCUCCUCUAGAGAGGUUCGGUUUGAAAAGCUCUCUUCUGAGGAGGACCCUCUAAACAAUAACGAUGACCAAGUGACAUACGCAAGCCGCAACUGGCACCACUUUUGGUUGUCGCCAUGGUACUUGCACCUGGCUCUGUUGACUUUCAAUGCCUUCUUCUAUCUCUAUAUCGUCAUGAAAGGACAAUCCGACAACUAUGUGCCCUCCCCUGCAAGCGAGGCUAUCGCUUAUGAGGAAAUAUACUUCAACGCAUCUUUGAAGAUUGAGAGUCCAUUUACAGGCGAGCCUCGCCCCGAGCUUGACCAAGCCUGGACCGACCUACUCCAAUAUUCCAGCAUUGCAGUAUCCGGUGAGGACCUCAAAAGAAUCAGCAAGACCUCAAUCCCGAUUCCCGGGGCCAAGAACUUGUACUGGGUUGACCUCAGCGUAACCCAUGAGCUUCAUUGUAUUAAACGACUGUACCAGUUCUUCCACCGGGAUUACUAUUUCCCCGACCUGUCGCCAGAAGAGGAGGAGCUGAACUACAUGCACACGGAUCACUGUUUGGAGAUCCUGCGCCAAGCGUCAAUGUGUCACGGCGAUGUCUCGCUGAUCCCCAUGCACUGGAACGAUUUCUCGCCCAUCCCCGAGGCGGACUUCUCAGUACCGCACAAAUGUGUCGACUGGGAGAAGCUACGAGCGUGGACACGUGACAACUCGGUUGAUGUAAUGAGGCCAAACUUUUUACAGCAUCCGCGAUUAGGGCCGUCGUUUCCCGACGGCAGCAAUCACGGGGUGGGGGUUGAACACAAACAUACUCCAGGAAGGGGUUGAAAGUUUCACUUUACCGUCAAAUGUUCUGAUUGCGGGAGAUAUUGGAUUCUGGGUAGCAGUAGUGGGGACUUGGCCUAGGGACGCUUGAUAAGCUAGUUCCAGUAUUCCUGCGAAGUCCAGUAACAAGCCAUUUUUCUUGGCUCAAUGCUCACUUGCUUGGUAAUCCAAAGUGCGUGCGACCG